CAGCCACCAACAUACGAGCACACCCUGUGAAAGGAGCAGGGACAGGGUUUGAGGAACUUCGGGUUUGCACUCUGCACGGUUGGAAGAGUCAGCCUUCUCCGUGAGUUCUGUCCUUUCCCGAGGGGCGUUCAGCCAGCGGUCAAGCCAAGAUGUCCUCGGUGGGGAAGGUGACCCAGGUUCCCAGCGGGAAACUCUACCAGCAGAUCUUCGAGGCUGAGGCGCAGCUGGUCCGCUCUCUAGCAGCCUCCAGGAAGCACGCCUUGGAACGGUCUAUGACCCCCAAGAAUGGCAGGAAGCCCUUGAUGAAGAAGAUGGAUAUUCCUGAAGGAGAGAUGAUGUCUUUCCGGCAGCAGAAAUGGGCUCACAGCUUACCCAAUGACUGGGUCACAGAAAACCCUGUUCUCUACAGGGAAAAGGAAAUAAUCAAGAAGAAAAAAGCUGAAGAAAGUGAGAGCACCAUUGCUGCCAGAGAGGUCCGGGGCCUCAUGGACACCAUCGUUCCGGAGAGGCCCUGCACCCCCACCCUGGGCACCAGGGGAAUGGACUCCCACAGGCGGAACUACGAGAGUGCUCUGGGGAACUUUAAGAAGGAGAUCGCCCAGAUUGGGAUGGAAAUGGAACCUUUCAUUUUGGAGCCAGGAAUGCUUCUUAUGAAAAAGCUGGCCGAGUCAGCUGAAGACAUCAACCAACUCUUCAAGAAGGUGGAAAGCAACACCAACCUCGAAGACUACACCAUUGAAACCCUGCUGGAGCUGUGGGAUCUGAUGGCUGAGAAGUUCCAGUUCCAGAAGCAGGGGAUCAAGGAGCUGGAUGAGGCCCUGUAUAAGGCCGAGUUCUCUCGGGCCGAUAAACUCAAAAGCGUGCUGAAGAAGUAUGCGGAAAUCAUAGAGAAGACUUCCUACCUCAUGCAACCUGACGUGUACAGGCUGAUAAACCAGGAGGCCAUGGUUAUAAACCAAGCCCUGCUGGGCAACCGGAGGGCCAUCGCCCAGCUGUUCAUCAACCUCUCGGAGGCCACGUUGCAGCAGGAGCUCCACAGCCACCGUCGCUGGCAGAACCUGCUGGAUGCCUGGAAGGAUCUCAAGAAGCAGGCCCUGGUGCAGAGUUUCAGUGAGUUCAUGGCCAGUGAGAGGAUCCAGGCUCCUCCAGGUGUGAAGAAGGAGAUGGAGAGCAUGCUGAAGGACCAGAAAGCCCUGCAGCAAAAGCGGCUGGAGCAUCUGUGCACCAUCUGUGACCUUCUACCCCCCAAUUACAGCAAAGCUCAGCUGACUGAAUGGCAUUCUUCUCUCAACUCCCUCAAUAAGCACCUUGACACCUUCCACAUAGACUGCAUGAUGCGGAUCCGCCUGCAGUACGAGAAGACGUGGCAGGAGUGCCUGGCCCAGGUGCAGACGUGCAAGAAGCAGCUGCUGGACUGCAAAGCCUUCACUGAGGAGGAGGCAGAGAGCCUGGUGAGCCCAUACUUCUUCCAGAUGGUGGGCGAGCUGCAGAGCAAGGUGGAGGAGGAGCUGGAGCUCUUGGAUAUAUCCUUCGAGGGCCUGGCAAAGCAGACAGAAUGGCAGAGCUCAGAUCUCUUCAGCUACUUCCAGGAGGCCGUGCAGCUGUGGGAGGCACAUCAGAGCGCAUUGUCGGUGCUGGAUCUGGAGCUGGAGAAGAGGAUGGAGCAGCUGAGGCAGAAGCGCAGCCUGGAUGAGAAGGCCCUGGAAGCCCGCCUGGAUAAGCUUUUGGACCAACUGAGGCAGCAAAGCGACGAGGAAACACUGAAGAUUCACCUGGAAAAGGCCAAAGAUUUCCUGAAGAAUAUGAAAUCCAGGUAUGAGUGUUUCCACAAGCUCCUGACAAAUGAAGCGACGGAGUACCCAGUGAUCAUACUGGAAGAACUGAACUCCUACAGCUCCGCCCUCAGCCAACACUUCUACGUUCGGGAGAUCUUUCAGCAGACUUUGGACGGGGAAGUCAUUUUCAAAUUCAGGGAACCAGAAGUGUACGCAAAGUACUUCCAGGAGAGUACGAGAAGCUGGAGAAGCAAACAGAGGGCUCAAGUGGAAAUGAGCAGAAGGGAGGAAGGUGAAAGUAGCAGAACAAUUCCCUCCAGUCCAGCAGGAGAGAUGGAAGAAGGUGAUCAAGAAAUUGAGUCUUCCUUAACCGAGGAGAUGGCAAUGAGCCAGCAGGAACCGUCCAAACAGAGUGACAAGAUGGAUGAGUCCAGUGAGGAGUCAGUUAAAGAAUCAGAAAAAAUACAAGUUGAACGAGACAGCUCCUUAAAACCAUCUCUGAACCAGGAAGAUAUGAUGCUUCAAGAAGAAGAGAUAGAGGAGGAGGAGGAGGAGGAGGGGGAAGACAAGGAAAAGGUGGAGGAGAGGGAGGAGGAGGUGAAGAGGAAGAAGAAAAAGAAAGAGGAGGAGGAGAAGGAGCAGGAGGAAGAGGAGGAGCACGAAGAUGAAGAGAAGCAGGGGGAAGAGGAGGAAGAACAUGAGACCCAGGAAGAGAGUGUGGAGGAAAUCUCCCACGACAAGGACAUGGAGUCCUUCACAACCUCCAGCGGACACACUUAUUUUGUCUUCCUAACCCUGGAACAACAAGAAGAGAGUUGCAAGAAACCCUAUUCCAACCUUUCUACCAUUCUUGUCAAUGACCUUUCCAGUGCCAGCUUCCUAGAACAAGUGAUUAUUCCAUCCAGACUGGUUUUACAAAUUAAGAAACAACUUCGAGCUGGCCUUUUUGAGCACCUAGAGAAGUGGUUUGACCAGUGUGUCCUCAAAACUCGGGUCAUGGUGGCCACCAAGAUCAAUGAGCUGGAUUCAGAAUUGGAGCUGCAUCAGCAUCUACAUGAGCCAAGAGCCAAGCUCAUUGAAAAGGACAUCCAUAACGUCAGGGCAGCUGAGCUCUUGCUUCACCAAGAGCGGCUAGACAGCCACUGUGCUGGGGUGACAGAGACGCUAAGGAAGGAGAAGAUGAUGUUCUGCCAGUUCCAAGAAGAGCAAAACAUAAAGAGCAAAAACUUCCGCCGCAAGAUUUACAACAUGGAACACAUCUUCUCGAAUGCCACGAAGAGCCAGAGGCUGGUUAGUCUCAGCAGCACGCUGCACCGGGAGCUGCUCAGCUAUGUCGACGUCAUCCAGGUGUCCCUGCGCAGCUUCCGCCAGUACCUGGAGGAGAGCCUGGGCAAGCUUCGCCUCACCAACAUUGAGUUCAUCAAGCACUGCAGAUUGUUUUCUGAGGGAGGCAACUUUUCUUCUGAAGAAAUCAAUUCACUGUGUCAUCGACUGGAGAAGGAAGCUUCUCGAAUAGAGUUUGUUGAAAGUUUAAUCAUGAUCAACAUGGAGAAGAUGGAGAGCGAAUACCUGGACCAGGCCAAUGAUGUCAUCAACAAGUUUGAAAGCAAAUUCCAUAACCUGUCUUUGGACCUUAUUUUCAUAGAGAAAAUCCAGCGGUUGCUGACAAAUCUGCAAGUAAACAUCAAGUGUGAGGUUGCAAAAUCCAAUUUGCAAACAGAUGGAUUAAAUUCUUCUCUGGAACAGCUCCAAAGGAAAGUAGAAAUGUGUCGAAACUCAAAGGGAGAUAAAAAAAUGGUGACCUCAGAAGACCUCCUUGGCUUCGUCCAAACUUGGAAAGAGAAACUGGGCCAGAGGAUUCAGUACCUCAACUGCAGGCUGGACACAGCGUCCAUGACUCAAGUGGUCUUUACUGACAAUGUCAUGACUGACCUGGAGGUAGAGAGUGACAUCAUGGUGUCUUCAGAAGCCCUUGAAGAGGAGGCCAAGGUAGACUUGGUCACCCCCGAGUCCUUCGCCCAGCCGAGCCGCAUGGGGAAGCCCAUGAUUGAAGACCCAGCUGUGGAAGUGGUCAAGAAGAUCCUGCAACUUCCCGAUGAAAAAUGCUCAACCCAGCCAUGUGACAAAGACCGGUCCCAGACAGGUAGAGGCACACAGGCCUGUGGGUCUCCGGGGACUGGCAGUGGGGGAGCUGGUGUUGCCCCCUGGCCAUCCUCCCCUCCGGUCCUCCAUUCUUGCCCUUGGCACUCAUCACCCAAAGGCUUGAAGCGACACCAGAACCGGGGGGAACACAUCGUGAAGAAAGCCCAGUCCAGUGCCAGUGCCACUUCAACAGGAAGCAUCACACGGUACUCCAAGCCCAACCGAAUGGACAGAAAGUUCCAGGUGCUCGGGGAGAAGCCACCACCUCCAGCUGAGGAUUUUAAAGGGAUCAUCCUGACCCUUCUCUGGGAGAGCAAUGAGCAUCUGUUGAACGUGGUAGAGGAGUUCUAUCGCAGAGAGAAGCGUGCCGUCACCAGGCCUGACUGCAUGUAUGAAAACUUUGACCAGUGCGCCGAGAACAUCUGCAAGAAGAUCCUGGAGUACCACAUGCAGACAGACGAGUACCAUAACUCCUGCCUCAUAGAAUUACGGGCCCAGAUGAGGAGAUUUGAGGAGCUGCUGCCCCAGGUGUGCUGGCUGGUGAUGGAGAACUUCAAGGAAAACCACUGGAAAAGAUUCUGUGUCUCUGCCGAAGAGAUCCGGGGACAGUUCCGGAAUUAUCAGGAGAAGCUGGAGAAAGGGAAGGAUGAAAACGCCCAGAAGCUCCAUCCAAAUCUUGGACAUCCCGCACAUUUCCAAGAAAUGGAGUCUCUGUGUCAAGUGGAAGAGAAAAGGCAGAAUGAUUUAGAUACCGCGAUCGUGACAACCAGGGAAAAGCUUGAGGAAUUCACCAGGAGGUACGGUCGGCAUUUCAUAGCCAACUUGGCCUCCUUCACCGAGAAGUUCCUGCUGCAGUUGGAUGAAGUGGUCACCAUCGAUGAUGUCCGGGUUGCAAGGAUGGAGUCCCCCAGACAGAAAACAUCAAUCCUCAUACGGAGGAAACUUGCUAGGCUUUCCCUGAAGGAAGAAAGUGAGAAGCCCCUGAUUGAACGGGGGAGCAGGAAGUGGCCAGGAAUCAAACCCACUGAAGUCACCAUCCAAAAUAAUAUUCUUCUCCGGAAAACAUCAUGCAUCACCACCACCAAAACGACCCUGGGUCACCUGGCAGCCGUGGAAGCCCGAGAUGCCGUCUACCUGAAAUAUCUAACACUAUUUGAAAAGGAGUUGAAGAAGAUCCAGGAGGACAGCAUCUUGCAGGUGAAGGAGGCUCAGAGCUGGAAGGACUGCUGGAAGCGCUCCGUGCUUACCAUCCAGGGCCUGUACUUGUGAUACCCUCAACCUACCCCACGUAAAGGCUCAUUUUUACUGGACUUCUCUCUCUGUCUGUCCAUCCAUCCAUCCAUCCAUCCCUGCUCUAUACCCAAUGUAGCUCCAUCAGUGACCAGGACAUGGUGUGGUCUCUGUCCUUGUGGAGGUCACUUCGAAAGAGGAGGACGGAGGGAAAAGGGGAGUUUCAAGUGGUUAGCAGGGAUGGUGGGUCACAGGCAUGGGCCAUUUAAAAGAAAGACCAGCACAUCAGAGGACGUAAUUCCAAUAGGCAUGCUUGGCACUUCAGCUUGGAAAACACAAUAAUUAAAAUAUAUGAGCAUGAA